ACCUUUAUUUGCUUGUUGAAAAGAAACGUUUAGCUCAAGUUCUCAAAAUGCGUCUGCUUUUUCAAGCUUCCUUUCUUGCUAUCUUUUUCGUAAUGACCGUCAAAGGCGACGGAGCUUCUCCAUCCUGCCCCAAGCCGUACGACAAGAUGAUGGUAUGCAACCUGAUGUGUAACCUUCUACAGGAUUCAAGCUCUAACGACGCCAUGAAAAUGUUACAAGCGAAAUUGGAAAGUCUCAUUGCCGGAUUGAACAAACCUGCGAUAACACAGGCGCCAGGUAAAUUGUUGCAGUGGUGAACGACUUUUUAGCUCAGUGAGGUUUUGUAAAGCCACAAGCAAUGCUUCUAACCAGACGAAAACAACACCCGCGAGUGAAUUAUAAUAAACUUUCGCUCUUUCCACAAAGCAAUGUUAUGGUCGCGCGUUUUGGAUUUUAUUUAGCCAGAAAGCUCGUAUGAAGUCGUUAUUAAUUAACACCAGAAUUUUUGACUUUCAUACAGCCGUUCCCGCUUCCCCGUGCCAGGAACAGUAUGAGAAACACAAGUGAGUUCCUAGAUACAAGUAGUGUCAAGAAAAAGGUGAUUUUCAACUGAAAGACACUGGCGGCUCUGAAGAAAAUAUCCGCGUACUUCCAGUAGGAGUCGAACCUAUGACCUUCAGGUUACCAGUCCAGAUGCUCUACCACCGAGCUACAGGCGAAUCGUGGGAACUAAGGCUACUAAACAAGUUCAAAUAAGUAUUGAUAAAAAGGCAAUCAUCGCCAAGAGACACUAUCCUUUUCUAUUUCAAAACCAGCCUUAAAACGUUGUUCUUCAAGAUUUUGACGCACAGUCAAGAAAGGACAAGAGUUGUCCAGAAAUGCAAAAAUGAUCUUCGGUGAAGUAAACCUGACAGUCACUAUUUUCAUUUUCGUAGUUCGACCAAAAGCCAAGUGUACACACUGAAGUUUGGUUCGCAAAAGAUUCCUGUUUACUGUCACAUGGGAAACUUUGGAUGCGGAGAUGGAGGGUGGACGCUGGCCAUGAAGAUUAAUGGCGCAAAGGUAAAACGAUUGUCCUGGCAUACGGAAGUUAUGUGUAUAGUGUAAAGCUAAUGGUUCUUGUUUGUAUUUCAGAAAACUUUCCAUUACAGCUCUGGGUUUUGGAGUAACAAGAACUCCUAUAACCUUCCAGGAGGUAAGACCGGGUUUGACGAUCAAGAGACUAAACUGCCAACAUACUGGAAUACAUCCUUCUCUACGAUCUGCCUGGGUAUGAAGAUCGGCCAGCAGAUCAAGUUCAUCGUUAUCAACAAGAAGGCAGCUUCUCUGCAUUCAUUGAUCGCAGACGGGAAGUAUCGCGCCACGUCACUUGGUCGUAACACGUGGAAGAAGCUGAUUGGCUCUAAGGCUUCCCUGCAGACCAAUUGCAACAAGGAGGGGUUCAAUGCGGCCACUAAAUACAGCUCCUUUGCUAAGGCAAGAAUCGGUAUCCUUGGAAAUAACGAACAAGUCUGUGGUAACUGUGAUUCCAGAAUUGGGUUUGGAACGGCAGGACACCCUGACGACUCCAACACAUGUGGGAACAACGCUGUUAAAGGACUUACGUCGGACAAUGGAGGGAAAAACAUAAAAGCCAUGGGAUAUAUCUUGGUACAGUAAAGUGAGCUCAGUUUACUCCUACCUCACUGUACACGACAAAAAUGUCGCAAUAAAAGUACUUUUAAGUA